UUCAAGUAUCUUCAUUUCCUAUUCUGGUUAAAAACUUUUUAUUGUCUUUUCUUUAAGCAAAAAGAAGAAAAUAUCCGUUGCUUAACUCUGCUUGGCCAUUUUGGCUUUGAAUGUUUGCCCUAUCAGUUGGUGAACCGAUCUAUUCAACAAGGAUUCUCUUUUAAUGUUCUCUGUGUGGGAGAAACUGGAAUUGGAAAAUCAACACUGAUAGACACAUUGUUUAAUAUUAAUUUUAAAGAACACAAAUCCUCACAUUUUUACUCAAAUGUUGGACUUAGAGUUCAGACGUAUAAACUCCAGGAAAGUAAUGUUCAAUUGAAAUUAACUGUUGCGGAAACGGUGGGAUAUGGUGAUCAAGUAAACAAAGAAGCCAGCUACCAACCAAUAGUUGACUACCUGGAUGCUCAGUUUGAGGCCUAUCUCCAAGAGGAACUGAAGAUUAAACGUUCUUAUUUUGAGUACCAUGAUUCUCGCAUCCACGUGUGCCUCUACUUCAUUUCACCGACAGGGCAUUCUUUGAAGUCACUGGAUCUAUUAACCAUGAAGAAGAUUGACCGUAAGGUGAAUAUUGUACCACUGAUUGCCAAAGCAGAUACAGUUUCAAAAAAUGAUUUGCAGAAGUUCAAAAGUAAUAUAAUGAGUGAGUUGGCUGGCAAUGGCAUCCAGAUAUACCAGUUCCCAGAAGACGAGGAACCUACUGCUCAAAUGACCUCAUUGAAGGUAAGCGAACAUUUACCCUUUGCUGUGGUAGGGAGCAUGGAUGAGGUGAAAGUUGGAAAAAGGAUGGUCAGAGGCCGUCAGUACCCAUGGGGAGUUUUACAAGUGGAAAAUGAAAAUCACUGUGACUUUGUUAGACUCCGGGAUAUGCUCCUGUGUACAAACAUGGAGGAUCUGAAAGAGCAGACCCACACUCAGCACUAUGAGCGUUAUCGGUGCCACAGACUGCAGAAAAUGGGUUUUACUGAUGUGGGUCCAGACAACCAGCCUAUCAGUUUUCAAGAGAUCUAUGAAGCCAAAAGACAAGAGUUAUAUGAGCAAUGCCAGAGGGAGGAAGAACAGUUGAAACAGAAGUUUAUGCAGCGGGUAAAGGAGAAAGAAACCGAAUUUAAAGAAGCUGAAAAAGAGCUACAGGACAAGUUUGAGCACCUUAAAAAAGUCCAACAAGAGGAGACAAUGAAGCUUGAAGAAGAGAGAAAACAAUUGGAAGCAGAAAUAAUCGAUUUUUAUAAAAUGAAAGCGGCCUCUGAAUCACUGCAGGCCCAGACUUGCACCAACACGAAGAAGGACAAAGAGCGUAAGAAGUAGCCCCCUCCCCUCGGCCCGUCUGAGCAGCCCCCUC